CCAUUCCUCUUUCAAGGUAGGCUGAAUUGCAAGGCUUCAGCAUUGCAGGUGUAUUUUAAAUGCCUGUAUCAUUAUUUCCUUAAUAAUGAACAUGCUGUUAAAGAGCUGGUACUUGAAAAUUAUAUCUCUAGAAAGAAUUUGAACAUAUCCGUUUUCUGCCUUCCUUAAAAAUUACUUUUGAUGGUGUGGUUAUAAUGUGUAAAUGUGACUUGUGUAAUAAUGUGAAGCUAUUUUCAGCCCUAGAAACACAAUUAAGGCUUUCCUUCAAGAAAGUUUUGAGACCUCUUUAUUGUGAAUUCCUACAAAGCAUUUUCAUAAAUCAUGUAAUGGUAUUUAUAGAUACUCAAUGUUAAAUGAUUCAUUUUAGUAACAAAAGUUUUUAUGUUUUAUUGAUUUAUUUUAUAUAUUUUAUUAUUUUAUUUUAUUUUAGAGUACUUUGUAAAAUAUACAGUAUCCCAGAGAACAGACAAUUAUUUUUAGUUAAUUUUCAUAGAAGGAAAGUGUUUCAAGUGCCUUUUGUGUUUGACUGUAUUGCAAAGCGCUUUUAUUAUUUCCUCAUUAUGCUGACUGCUAAAAUAAUAUUCUCUGCCUGUUGUUUGCAGUAUGGUAAAUGUGGGGAUUGGGCAUUGCGAUUCAAGCACAAGCCUGCAAAUUGUUAAUUUGGGGUGGGGCUGGAAAAAGGUAAUUCCAGAUUAAAAUGUAGAGGUGGCAAAUUGAUGAGGAUUAGCCUAAUUGUCCACAUGAAAACUCAGGUCAUUCCAUUUCUGUAUAUUUUUAACUAUAUAUUUACAGGACAUAACUGUAGGCUGAACUUGUUGUUUCUUUCCUCUAAUUUUGACCAUAAACAACUAAUUUGGAUUUAGAACUUAACCUUUAAUUUUCUUGCUCUGAAUCCAUGCUUCAGCCAAGGCUAGUCUUUAAAUGCUCAGUGGUGUGUUGAAGGCCUUGUUAUUCUUUACCUGCUUUUGGUCUUCGAUGAAUUUUUACACAUCUGAACCUGUUUGAAGAGCUGAAAAGAAAGCCGUUUGUUCUCAGUGGGCAAAGAUCCAUUUUUAACCAUUUUAACCAAACAUGAGUCACCUGUUUUUCCCACAGGGACACUGUCAGGUGAAAUUGCUUCUCUGCCAAGCGACUUUAUCAGAUGAACUCCUAUGGUCUGACCAAGCUCUCUUUUGAAAUCAGUAGGUUCUCACCUGCCCAUUACCAUUGGGAAGGUGGUCCAGAAUUUUUGUUCAUCUGCUUCUUUGAAAGCCUUGCCCAGAUCCCCAGACUCACUGCUUGCCCAAAUUGUCGUUUCGUAGCUCUCCCACCCACAGACAGGGAUAAAAACCCUGAAGUUUUUAUCCAGUUACUUCCCAGCUAUUCUUUUACAAAUUAAGCAGGGCAAGGCCUUUGGCAUAUAUAUGGCAAGUGCCAAAAACCUAAAAGCAAUGCAGUGCAAAUAAUUGCACCUACUUGAUUUAGAUGCUGCUUUUUUUUUUCCCCCAGACAUGCAAACUUAAUUAUAUGCAUAAUCACUCCUGGACUUCAUGCUAAAAACAAGCUACUUGUAGUUAAAAAUAAAAGAAAUUGGGAUAAAAAAAUUGAAUCCAUAAGAUGAAAGCAGCACCACAGCCACAUUUUUAUGUCAUUUAAAAGGCAUUUCAAAUAGGCACAUGUGAAGACCCCCCCGCUUUAGUUUUGGUGCAGCUCCUGUAACCCGUUUUUGCAGAUUAUUGACAAGGAAGCAAAUUUUAUUGGCUAACGAAGGAAAUUGAACUAAACCUGCAAACUCGUAUUUAGGGAAGGCGAUGGAACAAAACCCUUGCAUGUGCAGUGCCCGACAGUAAGGGCUGUGUGCCCAAACCUGUUGCCACCAAGGAAGAAAGAAUGUCCUGUGUUCCCAUCACUUUUCCAAAGGAAAAAUGCAUGUGCCCAGUAUUUGCCUGCAGAUGCUGGACCAGGUGGGUGAUCCUACAGCGCUGAGGUGCCAUUGGCAUUGUCUGAAGUGUUGCAUAAUGCGCCUGGUACAGUUUCUGUCUGUAUCUAUCUUAGGUAUUUACAAGGCACCUAUCACCUUGGUACCUAAGCAGUUUGAGAAAUGCACCCACCCCAGGAGGGAUGAUGAGAUACAGACAGAGGCCCAGGUCCAGAGCAGCAGAGGCAGGGCCCGGGAAGCUCCCCUGCUGUGUUCCCGCUGUUGUUGGGCUCCUGGCCCUCUUGUUGUGGCCAAGGGACAUCUCCACCCACCUGUCUGUCAGCAGGAAGAGACGGUGCCCCAGCCCUCCCGUGCAGCUCCGCUGGUGGGCAGUCUGAAAAGAAAAGAUAAUGGAAAAGGCAACGGUCCGGUAGCAGAGGUGAAACAGGAAUGGUGGGAUUUCAAAAGGAGGGCUUCUUAAAGAGCAGCACAUCUCAGGGGAGGGAUCAGCUGCCAGUCCAAGUGGCAGAUGUCACUGGGGAGCAAGAUGGGGAGGUUCCUGGAUCCUCGGGGCAAGCCAGCCAUCACCGAGGGAGCUCGCUGUCCACGCCGGCCGAAGAACAGGAAUCCUCGGUGCCUGCCUCUGACGAAGACUCGCCAGCCAGGACCACAGAGAGCUGGCAGUGGCCGCUGUCCUCAUCUGAAACGCACAGCAACGUUGGGGAGGAUUUUGAGGGGUUUCAAACGCCGGCGCGGACUCCGGAGUGCACCAUGGACAUACAGUCUCCCGGGGAUCAGUCACUCAGUAGGACUCCUCAGUUUGAAAGUGACUCUCCUGAGGAGGAGGGAAAUGAUGAGAUGAAUGAAGAGCGCUGCGGUGUUGAGCCUGUCCCUAGGGAUCGGGGUUGGAGAGGGCAGCCCCAGCUAACAGAGGGAGAGAAGCUGUUGAUGGAAACCAACAGUAGGAUUGUGCAGCUGCUGGAAAAUAUCAAGAGGGAGCAUGCACAGUCCAUGGGUCUCAUGUCCCAGUCCAUGGGCCGUAUGGAGCUGCAGCUGGGCAUUGUGGCUACCUCCACAAGAGCCAUCCAUAACUACCUGUCAGAGAUUUUAGCUUUCCUCAAGCAGCCGAGGACACAGGUCCUCGAAACGCGCAUCUCCCAAAGAGCCACCCCCCAUGUCGAGUUGACGUGUGCCUCGACAUGGACUGGUGAGGACGCAGUGGCAUCCUCCACUGUGUGCUUACCAGGGGCCGAAGGGACGAGCGACUCUCGCGACCCGCCGCAGGCCACCCUGCCUUGUCGCAGUGGCCGGCUGCAGAGAGCCAUAACCGAGAGGGCCUCGCUGCCCAUGCCUCCACGCCAGGCAAAAGGGGGAGGGAAGAAAAAAUAACCACUCCAUAGGAUUUUUAGAGGUUUUUUUUAAUGUGCCUGUCCUUUUAAUUCUUAGCCAUAAGGCCAUCGGUGGCAGAGUUCAACCAUUUCCUACAUUGGCUAACAUUGUAUUCUGGCUGACUAGAUUAGUCUAACAUUUUGUAGUUUAUAUUUGCACUGUUAACGAUGUGUGCUGCUGGUAUUUGAAGAACAUUUGCCUCUGUUCUUUCACUUUAACUUCAUACGAGCAUUUUUUUACUCUGUGCCAGGCGUUCAUUGCUUUUCUUACAAAUACAAGUCAUUUCUUGAGGCAGCUGUUUUUUGAGUUUUCUUUCUCCAUUAUCCCACCCCCUCUGAGCAAGCACUCGGGACUUGGUGGUAAGUAUAGAGGUCUUGGCAAUACUCGCCUCCCAAACUGUGUUCGAUCAGUCUU